ACUAAGUUACUAAGAGAGAGAGAGAGAGAGAGAGAGAGAGAAGCAAAAACAGAGUUAGUGACAGAGAGAGAGAGGGAGUUGCAUCGCUUCAUUUCAUUCUCUUCAAAGCUGCGAGCGCUUGGAAAGCACACACACACACACACACACACACACACACACACACAGCGUUAUCAGAUCAUCCUGAGCAGCUGGGGUUUGGAACUACAGAUCCAUCAGAGAGAGUUUGGACCUUUUGAGGCUGAGUGUGUGUCAGCAUCACUGCAAGAGAUACAGCAGGACACAGAGGAAACACAAACACACUCAGCAUGUUCGGAAUGAUCAAAAACUCACUGUUCGGGGCCACAGAGGAAGUAGAGUACAAACUACUGAGCACUGAGACCAAGGAUGGUGUGAGCUAUGAGGUGCGCCGCUAUGAUGCUGCUAAGUAUGCCUGUGUGAGCUCAGAGGGGCGGAGCUUUGACCAGGUGUCAGGUGAGCUGGUGCGCCGGCUGCUCAUGUACACUGGAGGUAGCAAUGAACAAGGUGAGGCGAUGGGCACCACAAUCCCCAUCGUCAUCACAGUGUUUCCACGUGAUGAUGGGGUCAUGACUCGUCGCCUGGUUGCCGGGAUGCAGAUUCCUAACAGCUACAGGAAUGAGCCACCCACCCCUACAGACAGCGGAAUAAGGAUAGAGGAUAGACCGGGAAUGACUGUAUACACAUUGCAGUUUGGUGGUUUUGCGGGGGAGAGUGAGUAUCGUGCGCAGGCAGCCCGGCUCAUUCGGACUCUGGGAGAGGGCGCUCCAUACCAACGCAAACAUUACUUCUGCUGCAGCUACGACCCACCAAUCAAGCCCUACAGCCGCCGCAAUGAAGUGUGGUUCAUCCAGGAGGAACCCUGAGAAACACACACACGCACACACGCACACACACAUCCAUUCACGUGCAUAUAUACACUCACCAUCCACUUUAUUAGAAACCCCUUGUGUAUUUCCACUCACAGGCCAAUAGUGUAGGGCAAUACAGCCAAAUUUAUUAUCAUAAUAUUUUUUCCAUGUCAUUUGAUAUCAAUUGUGUGCAAUUAAUUUACAUUUCCUAAUGCUCAGUUUUCAAAGGAACAGUUCCACUGCACUAAGGCUGCU